AUGAGCGGGGGCGUCUACGGCGGAGAUGAGGUGGGGGCGCUCGUCUUUGACAUUGGCUCCUUCUCAGUCCGAGCUGGGUACGCUGGGGAGGACUGCCCCAAGGCUGACUUCCCCACCACUGUGGGGCUGCUGGCCGCAGAAGAGGGGGGCGGGCUGGAGCUGGAGGGGGAGAAAGAGAAGAAAGGGAAGAUUUUCCACAUCGACACCAAUGCCCUGCACGUGCCUCGGGAUGGAGCGGAGGUCAUGUCGCCCCUCAAGAAUGGCAUGAUUGAGGACUGGGAGUGCUUCCGAGCCAUCCUGGAUCAUACAUACAGCAAACAUGUCAAGUCCGAGCCAAACCUGCACCCAGUACUCAUGUCGGAGGCUCCGUGGAAUACUCGGGCCAAGCGGGAGAAGCUGACGGAGCUGAUGUUCGAGCAGUACAACAUUCCUGCCUUCUUCUUAUGCAAGACGGCCGUGCUCACAGCCUUUGCAAAUGGACGCUCCACAGGCCUGGUGCUGGACAGUGGGGCCACCCACACUACAGCCAUCCCAGUCCAUGACGGCUACGUUCUACAGCAAGGCAUUGUCAAGUCCCCCCUGGCUGGGGACUUCAUCUCCAUGCAGUGCCGGGAGCUCUUCCAGGAGAUGGCCAUUGACAUCAUCCCCCCCUACAUGAUAGCAGCCAAGGAGCCUGUGCGCGAGGGAGCACCCCCAAACUGGAAGAAGAAGGAGAAGCUCCCCCAAGUUUCCAAGUCCUGGCAUAACUACAUGUGUAACGAGGUGAUUCAGGACUUCCAGGCUUCAGUACUGCAGGUGUCGGAUUCCCCUUAUGACGAACAGGUAGCUGCACAGAUGCCCACCGUGCAUUAUGAAAUGCCCAAUGGCUACAACACAGACUACGGCGCUGAGCGACUGCGAAUCCCCGAGGGCCUGUUUGAUCCCUCUAAUGUCAAGGGCCUGUCCGGAAACACCAUGCUGGGAGUGGGUCACGUGGUCACCACCAGCAUCGGCAUGUGUGACAUUGACAUUCGUCCGGGUCUCUACGGCAGUGUCAUUGUCACCGGCGGCAACACUCUGCUUCAAGGGUUCACAGACAGACUUAACCGGGAGCUUUCCCAGAAGACCCCACCGAGCAUGCGUCUCAAACUCAUCGCCAGCAACAGCACCAUGGAACGCAAGUUCAGCCCCUGGAUUGGAGGCUCCAUCUUGGCCUCACUGGGCACGUUCCAGCAGAUGUGGAUCUCCAAGCAGGAAUACGAGGAGGGCGGGAAGCAGUGCGUGGAGCGGAAGUGCCCCUGA